AUGAAACUAUAUUUGGUUUUUUUAGCGAUUCCAUUUUUCACUGUGUCAAAUGCAUCUGAUAUUCCGGACUUGUUCAAUAUUUUGAUAACACAAGGGUCAAAGGAAUGCUUAGCUGAAGCUCAAGAUUUGGUGAAGAAGUUGAAGGAAACGAAGAACCAACACGACGCUGAAUUCGGAAAUAUUGAUAUUCUCUACAACCGAAAACUUAUGAUUUCCCUAAUUAACAACUUCAAAUCCAUAUCUUCUUUUAUAAAAUCCUCAAACUGUUCCACUUCAAUCUUCAUAAAGUACUUCCUAGAUGGCGCAGUUUUUAUUGGAGAUCAAAUUUAUGGAGAAGCAUUUAUCUGCUUAUCAGAGAUUUUUUUAAAGGAAGACCUCGAACCCAAAUUUACUGAUUGUGCUAAUUCUAUGGUUCCCAAGGAUUCAGAAGUUCUAGAUUACUUGAAACCUGUUUCUUUCUGUGUUGCUUCCAAAAUACAAUGUUCCAAAGAAGACCAAAAAGCGUUGAUAGUUGCUGUACAUGCUGGAGUGGACCUUUUUGAAAUGUUCAGCAAUGGAAAAGAAAUUUUGGAAAAAAUUGAGAAGAAUCAGAUGAAAUUAGAGUUUCAGCCUGAGAAAUAUGCGCAUCUUUUGAGUUGA